GAUAUACGACUCUGGUGUAUGCCGUUUAUUUCAGCAAAUCAGAGUACUGCAUUUAGCCAAUGAAAGAAAUAGAAAGUGCGUCCAUGGAUGCUUGUUGCUAAUGUUGCUCUCACUUCUGCCCUUUCAUCAUCCAGCAUCGUUUAAAAUCAGCGGAAAAAGGAAUCAUGGCCGACAGAAAGGCUGUCAUCAAGAAUGCUGACAUGGCAGAGGAUAUGCAACAAGAAUCUGUUGAUAUAGCCACACAGGCUCUGGAGAAAUACAACAUUGAGAAGGACAUUGCAGCCUACAUUAAAAAGGAGUUCGACAAAAAAUUCAACCCUACUUGGCAUUGUAUUGUUGGACGUAACUUUGGAAGCUACGUAACGCAUGAAACCAAGCAUUUCAUCUACUUCUACCUAGGACAAGUCGCCAUUCUACUCUUCAAAUCGGGCUAAAAAUAUGAGAUCCCUUCGUCAUCUCGACGGAGACCUUUUCUCCUUAUGGAAAACCACAGAAGAUUAAUAGGAACAUAGAUGUUAAGAGACAGAAAACCCGUUUUAUUUCUUGUCUUCAUGCUUUGUUAAUUUGCUAAUUAACAUUGCGUAGUCGGUGUUACUAUAAAUAGCCUAGCAGGUUCUAGGACUCCUUAGUUACAACUACUUCACAGUUGCUGGGAAUUAUCGACAAAGAUCAACACCAGCUACAAAUUUAAGUGCAAGUCUAUAACCUAAUAUGAAUGUUGUUCUUCAUCUAACCAACAAUGGACUCUUUCAAAGCCAAUGAGAUUGUAAUGAUAUGGUGCUACCGAAGGAAUGACAGUAUUCAGUCUUGCCAAUAAUUGUCGCUUUUGAUAAGAAGUAUUACUUUUAGUUUAUGAUUAGAUUUUAUAUGUGAUAUUAUAAGUGGAACACAUUUAUAAAGCCUGCUAUAUUUGUUGUUAAUAAAAGUUACCGUUAUAUAA